AGAAUAUCUUUUUUUCAAUUGAUGACAAUGAUUUCUUACAAUAAUAAUUACAAUAAAACUAAUAUUGUAGAAAUUAAUUAAAAUUGCGGAAUUUAUAUGUUUGAUACUCAAAAAAACAGUCACCAUUAUACAUAUUUAUUAUACGCAAUAUUCCCUUUAUUACUAGCAUUAUGCUCUGCUAUAUUAUGUAGAAUUCAAAAACGGGUCAUACGUUUUCUGGGUUAAAAACCAGACGCUUACAAGAACGCCGAUUUCUCGAAGAACGGAAAAAAAUUUGUGUAAAAAAGAUUCUCACCCGAUCCGCACGUAUCCCGUAGCGAUAAUGCCGAUACCAUACAAUACUGGAUAAUACGCUUUAGCAGCUUGUUCAGCGUGUGUAAACAUUUUUUCGGAUAUGUUAGAGCAAAAUGAAUCCAUCGGAGUCUCAGCAGGAUCUGCUAUCAAAUGAGGCAAGACCGCCUUCUGUGCAAUCGUUAGAGGCAUCCACUGACUAUAUUCUUAGCCCAGUUGAGAAGCAUUUCCUGCUUAGCGCAGAACGAGGUGAUUGUGCUACUGUCAAAAGAUUAAUCGAGGAGAAUCAAGAUCACCCGGAAAUAUUGAAUAUCAAUUGUGUCGACCCGUUAAAUCGUUCAGCGCUGAUAGCCGCUAUUGAAAACGAAAAUAUCGAGCUUAUUAAGCUGCUGCUCAAAUUGGGAAUUGAAGUGAAGGAUGCACUUUUGCAUGCUAUUAAAGAAGAGUAUGUGGAAGCGGUGGAAGUCUUACUGCAAUGGGAAGAAAAAAUACACAAGCCAGGGCAAACUUACAGUUGGGAAGCUGCAGAUUCAUCAUCGUCCUUUACAUCUGAUAUAACUCCGUUAAUUUUAGCAGCUCACAAAAAUAAUUAUGAAAUAUUAAAAUUGCUCUUAGAUCGUGGUGCGACUCUUCCAACACCUCAUGAUGCUAGGUGUGGUUGCGAUGAAUGUGUCACUUCUAGCGAACAGGACUGCCUCCGACAUUCGCAAUCUCGAAUAAAUGCGUACCGGGCACUCACUUCGUCAUCUUUAAUCGCGCUGUCCUCAAGAGACCCGCUUUUAACAGCUUUCGAGCUUUCAUGGGAACUGCGCCGUCUCAGCAGAAUGGAGCAAGAAUUUCGCGCCCAAUACAAUUUUGUCGCUCAUCCGAACGUGCAACAAUUACUAGCUGCUAUCUGGUACGACGGUCUUCCAGGAUUUAGAAGGAAAAACAUUGUAGCGCAAUUAAUGGAAGUUGCUAAGCUUGGAGCAAUGUUUCCGAUUUACAGCACUAUUUAUAUGAUGGCUCCUACUUCACAAAUGGGAUUGUUUAUGAAAAAGCCAUUUGUCAAAUUUAUAUGUCAUUCCGCAUCGUACGCUUUUUUUUUAAUGCUACUCGGUAUGGCGUCACAAAGAAUCGAAUAUCUGUUGAUCGAAUUAUUUGGUAACGCUUGGAUGCAAGAGAUACUUGCUGGUUGGAAGAAACGAGAACGCGGUUGCAUCCCGGGUUUCGUUGAGACAGGCGUGGUCAUCUAUGUGAUAAGUUUAAUCAUCAAUGAAAUUAAAUCUUUAUGGGCAGAUGGAUUAAUUGAAUACGUAUCUGAUCUUUGGAAUAUCGUAGAUUUUGUUCAAAAUAUGUUUUAUGUGAUCUGGAUAAGUAUGCGUGUUACUGCUUGGUGGAUAGUACAGAGAGAAUAUCGGAGCGGUUUAGAUCCUUGGUAUCCAAGAGAUCAAUGGCACGCAUUCGAUCCAAUGCUGCUUUCGGAGGGAGCAUUCGCGGCUGGAAUGAUAUUUAGCUUUUUAAAACUUGUCCAUAUAUUCAGCGUGAAUCCUCAUCUCGGGCCGCUCCAAAUUUCCCUCGGGAGAAUGAUAAUAGACAUUAUCAAGUUCUUUUUCAUCUACACCCUCGUGCUGUUCGCCUUUGGUUGCGGUAUGAAUCAAUUGCUGUGGUAUUAUGCGGAUUUAGAAAAAAGAAAAUGUUAUCACGAGUCCGACGAGUUGCCGGAUUUCGACGAUCAGGAGAAAGCCUGUUCGAUAUGGAGAAGAUUCGCUAACCUGUUCGAGACGUCGCAAUCUCUCUUUUGGGCAAGUUUCGGUAUGAUCGACUUAAUGUCCUUUGACCUGACAGGCAUUAAGAGCUUCACGCGAUUCUGGGCGCUCCUCAUGUUCGGUUCUUACUCCGUGAUUAACGUCAUUGUGCUGUUGAAUAUGCUGAUUGCUAUGAUGUCCAAUUCUUAUCAAAUCAUUUCGGAAAGAUCUGACACAGAAUGGAAAUUUGCCAGGAGCCAUUUAUGGAUGAGUUAUUUCGAGGAUGGCGAUACUGUGCCACCGCCGUUUAAUAUGAUCCCGACGACUAAAACUUUUCAAAAACUAUUUAAAUGUGGGAGCAAUGAUCGUUCCACAAGAUCCUUUAUAAAAAAGUCUCGAGAGAAAGCUUUGGCUAGACACGACACCAUAAUGCGUUUACUCAUACGUCGUUACGUGACAGCUGAACAAACAAAACGAGAUGAAUUUGGUAUUACGGAGGACGAUGUUAGGGAAAUUCGCCAGGACAUUUCGUCUUUCCGAUAUGAUCUAAUUGAUAUCCUCAGGAAAAACGGCAUGUGUACACCAGCACUUGACAAAGAAGAAACGAACAUACCCGGGAAAAAGGGCAGAGUGAUGGAACGUCGACUCCAAAAGGAUUUCCAGAUCGGUAUCGUAGAGGGUAUCGUGCAGGCUGUCAUCCAGAGCGAGAAGGAACCGAAGGACGUAUUCAGUCAAAUCGCGAAAGCGAUCGGACGAAAAGGCAGUGGUGCCGCUAAGAAAGAUUGGAACGCCGUGGUGAGACAAAGCACCAUUCCCGAAGAUCCUAUCGGGAGUACAAACGAAGCGGUGGAACGUCAAACCCGGCGUAGUCUACGUCGCCACUUGCGACACCAGCCCAAUUCCGAUCUGGCGUCCAUGGAUCCAAAACGACUGCUCGACUAUAAUCCGAAUCUUUCGGACUUGACGCCGGUUACUAGGAUAGCUUACGCCAAGUUCAUGCUCAGCAAAAAUAAGCCGGACGAGCGACCCAACGAUACAAAUAAUUCUACUAAAGAAGAGACUGAGAAGGCACCUCGAAGAAACAGCAAAGUUAUAAUAACAGAAACUUGCACAAAUACAGUUCCACGAUCUGCCAAUGAAACUUUUAAAAAAAGUCUAUUGAAAUCUACAAGCAGCGGCAGCAUAGAUAAAUCGGCAGUACUUGACGUUAAAACCAUUCAAGUUAGAGCACCAUCACCUAUACCUGAGGAUCUUGUAGGAGAAGAAAUCAAUAAGCAGUCGACGUCAUUAACAAUGUCUGAUCAAGAAAAGAGAGUUGAAGAAAAAGAAAAUGAGCAAAAACAACAACCACAGAAAGAUGAAGCGAGUGAAAAAGAGAUAUUAGAAGAACGAAAGAAAAAAGAAAUGAUGGAAGAUGAAAGUAAGCGUCAACAAUUGGGAAAUAUGGAGGGGAGUAACAAUAAUAAUACUGUACAGGUGAUCUCGGAAACAGAUAGGGAGAUUAAAGCAGAAACAUGUACUGGAUCUGAUGCAAAAGAAGGGAAACCUGAAAUGCUACCAGUUUCAACUACUAAAUUGCGUGGAAAAUCAAAAGCAACUGGUCGAGUAAUGGGAGGUUGGAUUUAAUUAAACAUCAUUAUUUACAUAUUAUUUUUAUUUCAAAUGUUUAAAUAUCUUAUUAGACUAAAAUAUGCAUUUCUAUAAAAUUUCAUGUUCGUUUUAAGUAUCUGUUAAUAAUAUGCUCGCGCUGAUAAUGCAUCAAGCUCUAUCGUAUUACAUUUUAAAAUUUUUUGCUGGAAAAUCCAUCAGUUAUUUAAACAAUAAAAGAAAAUAUUUUACAAAAAUAUUUAACCUGUGAAAUCUCGAUAAUUCCUAACAUGUAUUACGAGACGGACUUUCCUCGUGUACAACACAAAUGUAAUUUCGCAGAACUUUACAUGACAAGUGGUAUUUAAUAUUGAUUCUCAGAAUACAUUGUCAACUUCGAAUGUUUAGAUCAAUUUAUAAAUGCAUUCCAUCUAAAUGCACUGUCUCACUUUCCCUAAAUCGAUUUCUCAAUAUCAAUAAUAUUUUAUGUAUAUUAUAAAUACACAUUUUAUUAAUUGUACGUUGUACUUCUUAUAACAUAAAAUAGAACUUAAUUUAACUUUGUUCAACUUAUUUAAGCUUAUUUUAGUUGAAAAGAAAUAUACUGAUGAUAAGAAAGAAAAUUGAACUUUAAUUCAAAUAUACUUGCAUAUUUAAUUUAGUCAAGCUUCUUGAUUUUCAGUAUUUUUUCCAAUUAACACAACUUUUUUUUCUCGAUGCAGACUGUCUUAAGUCACAAAAUUUUAUUAAUGAGAUUAGAUUACAUAUAAAGUUGGAAAUUCCAUUACGAAGAAUUUACUAUGCUUGUGAAUACGAUAAGCAGGUGACACGUGACGUAAUUACUCGCGGACGUAAUAAUUUGCUAUUGUCACGUACGAAUGAUAAGCGGACGGCUUUUAAUUUCGAUGAUCCUUAUCACUAAUAUGUCAUCGUGCACGUCGUCACGAACAAUGCCUUAUUUAGACAGUAAAUGUCAGAUAGAUGACAUAAUAAAUAAAAUUAUAUAUCUAAUGUAAUACAACAAUCGAUAUUCACAGCAAAUUUUUCAACGUAUACAUUUACCACAAAUCGCUGCUAAGAAGGUUCUGAAAUAUGAAAAUAGCAAAGUUAAUAUAAUAAAGGCAAUUUUGUUUAAUCUAUUAACUGUACAUUGUUAGUAAUAUUAUUAAGUUACUUUCUUCUAAAUAAUAAAAAGUUUUGUGCCA